UUCUAUGGUCACAGGCAAUGCUGUCAGGAAGUAUUCACGAGAGGGUUACAUGUACAGAAGGUAAAAUGGCGUCUAACUCCCACGACGAGCUUCAACUCAGCAAGAAACACGAGGAAAUUUUGGGGAAGAGAGCUGUUCUACUGCAACAGAUGGAGAUUUGCUAUGAGCAGCAGAAAGCUAAGAGAAACCAACAAGCCACUAUGUCCCAAGCUGCACGUGAAAGGAAUGCAGAAAUACUGGAGGAUUUCCAGAAGGUAGAAAAACGUUUCUGGACAUGCCCACUUCUGCAUCCUGAUGUUCUCAACCUACAGACUCGUUAUUGGGCCUCAGUGGAGCAGAAGCUUCCAGAAUGGGAGAGCUACUUACUAGGGAAGAGUCAAGCCCCGAGGAGUGAAGAGAUGAUCUUACGAGGACUCCAGGAACAGAAAGGUGCUGAAAGUGACUCUUCACCUGCACGGAGUAAGAGCAGACCUCCUCGACCCAAACCCAGAUCUGCUGACUGAUGUGAAUUAGGAGAAGUCCCCGGAUCGAGCCCUAAUUGCGAUGAUCAACCCUGCGCUGGGUGACGCGGAGUGGCGGCUUGACAAAUGCGAUCAUCCGGAUGGCCGGGGUUGAAGUGGCGCUGGUUGGCAGCUGCCCAUGUUCCUCAGCUGGGACCCGCUCUUGCCCCGGAGGUCAGGGCACCAGUCGGCCUGAUGAGUGGGUAGGGAACAAGAGUCUGGGGUGCCAAGGUGGGGGUAGUUAUCAAGAUGGUGAAUUAUCUAAAAGGGUUUUGAAGAGCACGAUCUGGAGCCUUUCCAAAUGACUAGUUAUGUGUUGUGUAUACUCAUGAAGAAAGCCCUUGAGCGAGGUUGGCCAUGGACACCACAAUAAAGGAGAGGGACAAAACAGUGAGUGGGGGAUAAACACACACCUGGGCUUCAGCCAACCCUCUGCACUUGAUGUCUUUAUUUCAUUACAGGCUGCACCAUCAUAGCCUUGUAUUAUCAAUUGUGUUGAUUUUCUUGUUCUGGUAUUGCUGUUCAUCGUACGUUUCUUCACAAAAAAAAUCAAAUCCACUUUAAAUACAUUUAUGAGUCAAUAAUAAUGAUUUUUAUCCACACAUAGUCUGCUUUUAAACAUUGUUGAUUGAGACUGCAAACACUUGUGAUUGUCCUACACCACCGGUGAUUUGGUCAGUCAACAACACAUUGUACUUUUAAUCCCGCAUUGUACUUCCCUGAUCUUAGCCCGUGUGUUAAACUGAAGAUCAGCUUUAGCGUAGAUCUGCAGGUCCGAGUUAAUUAACCUCCAUCCUUUGUGACACAAGGGAGUGGAAGUGAAGGGGGAAUCCUGGGUCAGAGGAUUAACACCGGACAUCUCGGCAUUAGUGUUCCUGCCAAACAAUGAGACUGUUUCCAGAUCAGUUUUCAUUAGUAUCCAGAAAGGACAUUUUAAUAGACUUCUGUUAACUGAAUCCUUGCACAGAUGUUCUCUCCUUGGAGGAUAAGCAGCCCUAGUUAUGUUCCCAUUUAUUUUAAAUUGCCAGGCUGUCUGCAUUGAUCGUUGUCUAAUGGGGGAUUUGGGAGAAGGAGGUGGAGGGGAGACUUGUGAGAGCUCUAGUGAAUGAGCAGCAGAUUGUUUUGAGGUCAGGCCUUCGUCUUUUCUUUCUUUUUUUUUUUUUUUCAACAGACUGUGUGUAACAUGUUGGGCGAGGGGACAGAAGUUCCCCUUCAGCUGCCUAGCCUCGAGGGCCAAAGACUGCUUCUGAACGGAGGUCAUGCCAGAGACUGACAUUGAUGUUAUUCCAGCGGGGCAGAGAGCCCACGUUCUGCUCCCAUGCUGCUGCCUGGAGACCUCUAAGCCAUAAAGCACCUUCUCAGAGCGUGCCCUUGACGAUUCGAGGCCUUGUGGGUGUGUAGGAUGGCUUCAACUCAAAAGCAGAAGCCGCCUUUGCACCCACUGAGGGUCUGGAAGAGCACAAACAACUGAUGUGUGAUGUUUUAUUGAGACACCUGUUCAUGUAUAAAUUGUAGGAUCUCAUUUGUUUAUAAUUAUAUUAGCAGAUUUACUUUGUGAUCUGCCCAAUGUACCCUUUAUCUACACAUUAAAAAAAAAAAUAGAUAUGAAAUUUUUCCAUUUUUGUGACAUGGUGCAAGCACAGAAAUAUACCCGUUGUUGUUAUUAUUGGUUUGUGUGUGUGUUUUUCUUUUUUUUUUCUUUUCGAGGUGGAACCUCAGCACAGGAUGUAAAUGUAUGAAGAACCAAAUUUUGUCCAAAAAUGGAUGCAUUAUGGAGAGGUAUAGUUGGCAUCCUUUUGUGGUAUCUAAUCAAAUAAACUUCCUCAUUACCUUUAA